AUGUCCGGCAGGCGUCUGCUCGAUGCCAUUCAAUUCCUUAAUGUCUCCAGAAAUGUCGCCGCCAAGCACCUGGCUAUCCGCCAGCACCAGCUCGACCGCUACACGCGCACCUCGUCACUCACCAAGGGCAUCAAGGAUCAGACCGAGGGACUGAUCUUAACUGCGCAGGCGGCUGCCGCCCUCGCCCGUCGCGUCAAUGAUUCUUCGCCAGCACCUCCGCCGAGCGGUGCCCGUUCGCCGGCAGACUCGCCCUCGCCCGACCCAUCGGCCAGCACUGCUCCUGUAGCCCCAAUCUCCGCCAGCUCUCUGUCAUCUGCAAGCUCGCUUUCUUCCGAACAAGCCCGAAUCCUUCAACGCCGGGCUGAAUUCCAGGUCCCGGCCUCCGCCGCGGAAUACCAGGGCAAUGAGAAUCCGGGCGCGUUGAAUGUGAGCAACCAGCAGGAUGUCUUCUACGAGCCGUCGCGGCAUUCCGCCCCGGGCCUCUCCGCACUCCCCCGGAUCAAGGUCCCUAAGGCCACAGGCGAUGUCCAGGAGGGUGGAGCAGAUGGCCUCAAUGCAGAUGUCUUUCAUUCGGCAGUGGGACCCGACAAGCCGGCUGCUCAGAAGCAACAGCAAGAGCUGCCGGAGGAGAUGAUGCAGGGCUUGUUUCACAGCCCGAAGGUCUCGAGCAUGUUGUCCGGGAAGCCGAUUCCCGAAUGGAGGACCAAAAAGUGGCGGCAAGCCGGGAACUCCACCACCACCACCACUCCCAGCGCUCAGGCGGAAGCUACGGCGACUGCGGAGGCGGAAGAAAUGGAGAAGCUGGGGGCUAGCGUUGUAAAGGAUAUCACACCGACCGCAGAAGUGGCUACUGAUGUGAACAAAGACGUAGCCUACCAGAUGAUGGAAUCCCGUGUACCCUCGACGCGAUUAGCUAGGCUGUGGCAGUACGGCGGCCUGGCGACCUCAAUGGCAUUUGGGGCUGUCAGUGAGACCGUUCGCCGCGCUACCGGUAGCCAAGACAAUGGAUCCAUCAUGUUCAGCGCCGGUAAUAUUGAACGAUUGGUGGGCAAACUGUCCAAGAUGCGAGGCGCCGCUCUGAAGCUGGGCCAGAUGCUGAGCUUCCAAGAUUCCAAAAUGUUGCCCGAGCCUAUCGCCCAGGUCCUCCAGCGCGUGCAAGAUCGCGCUGACUACAUGCCCGCCUCCCAACGAGACAAGGUCCUGACCGACAACCUAGGCCCCAACUGGCGGGACCUGUAUACCAGCUUCAACGAAGUUCCUAUGGCAGCCGCGUCGAUCGGUCAAGUGCACUCUGCCGUCCUCAAAAGCACGGGCAAACCGGUGGCCGUCAAGGUGCAAUACCCAGGAGUUGCCGACUCGAUCGAUUCCGACCUGAAUAACCUGUCUAUUCUUCUCACGGCUUCUCGUCUUCUUCCGCGAGGUCUGUAUCUCGACAAGACGAUUGCCAAUGCACGAACUGAACUUGCCUGGGAAUGCGACUACGUCCGCGAAGCCGAGGGCGCCCAGCGCUUCCGCGAGCUCCUCCGCGACGAUCCUGUCUUCGUGGUUCCCGAGAUCAUGCUCGAGGCGUCGGGCAAGCAUGUGUUGACGAUGGAGAUGCUGGAGGGCGUCGCCGUCACCAAGGUCCAGAAUUUCUCUCAGGAGCAGCGUGACUGGAUCGGCACUCAAAUCAUGCGACUGUGUCUCCGCGAGAUCACCGAAUUCCACUACAUGCAGACGGACCCUAACUGGACCAACUUUUUGUACAAUGCCACCACCAACCGUAUCGAGCUACUCGACUUCGGGGCCUCGCGUGAGUUCCCCACCGAGUUCAUCACCACCUACGUGCGCACCCUCGUUGCAGCCGCCCACAACGACCGCGCCGCCUGCCACGAUCUCUCCGUCGAAUUGGGCUACCUCACCGGCCUAGAAUCCACCGCCAUGGCCGACGCCCACGUCUCCUCCAUCCUCACCAUCGCCGAGCCCUUCAUGCAAUCCUCCCCGGACCUCUACGACUUCCGCAAUCAAACCAUCACCGACCGCGUCCGUGACCUGAUCCCACUGAUGAUCCGUGAGCGCCUUGCGCCCCCGCCCGAGGAGACGUACAGUCUCCACCGCAAGCUGAGUGGUGCCUUCCUGCUCUGUGCUCGUCUGGGCAGUCGGGUGCCCUGUAAAGAGCUUUUUGCUGCGGCUAUUCGCCGCGCUGAGCAGCAGGGCUUGCCGGUAAAUCCCUCGUCUACUUGA